CACCGAUUGUAAGCAUACAUCAAGCGGAAGAGCGGCAUGUAUCGGCUGGACACGAUGCUCGUGAAAUGCAAUCACUUGGCUUGUUGACUCCGGCUGGAAAGCAUGUGUCGACAUGCUUGCCCAAGCGAGCAAUCAUGUCCUAAUCACAAGCCAUCAAGGUAGUGUCAUCAAGGUUCCUUCUUCCGUACUGUCACUCUCCCUAACCAUCUACUGCUGCACUUGUAUCUCAACCUAGCAUUGACAGCACACCGAUUGAUCAACCUACUGUCCUCCAAGAUAGAAAGCACGCCAUGGCGCAUCAGCCAAAGCAAGCAGACAGCCUCCCCGCAGAGAUCUGGCUCGAGAUCAUACCACACGUGGAAUACACACCUUCAGCACUCGCCAACCUACGCCUGACAUGUAAGCGCUUGCAUAAAAUCAUCGAACGACACGAGACCGGCCUUGUUGCGGACAUCAAGCGCGCCCAGUUGCCACAGACCAGCACAUGUCUCUUCCCAGGCUUGAGGAUUGAUUCCUACCGUGCCCUCAGCGUCGCCCACACGCGGCUCGCUACUUUAGACGAGAUUCACAAGCAUUGGCUCAAAGUCACAUGUCACAGUUGCGAGCUCGAAUGGCUCAAAGGCCGCUGGGAGCGAAUACACCGUGCCGGCCUACUUCUCCUCUACCAUCUGCAGGACCUCGAGCCAGCUCGCACGCACCAUGCGGACGGCAUGUGCGAUCACAACAUGUUCAAAGAUGGGACUUACUGUGCCAAGAUCUCGCUUCUUCAGCGCCUGCCCGCAACUAGUCUGGCGUGCUUGCUCUUCAAGCUGAUUGCGAGCAUUAAGAUCUUGCGCGUAUAUGGACCGGAGCCUGUUCAUGGUAGGUACGCUGCAGAGGACUCUGGACUUCGGAGCGAUAUCGAACUGGCGUUCGAGGAACUCUUGUUGCAGGAAGGCCCGACAAUGUUCGUGGCGCUGCUAACUGAUGGGCAUCAGAAAGGAGAUUGGGCUCUGAGACUUCUGAAUGCCGAAGUCGCUAAUAUGUUCCAUCGCCAGAGUCCGUUGCCAUCGGGACUGCCGAAGCCGUCUACGCUCAUCUCAGCGUUACGUCAGGCUUUGGCAAUACAAGCUGGCUGUGCGGUCAACGAGGUGGUGAGCAAGAUGUGGGAAAUACUGUCAAGUACUGCCUUUGAUGAUGUGCAUGAUGCGAAACUUGUUUCAAUUGUCGAGGGCAAGGAGUUGGAGAAGGGCAUGAAGAGGAUGGGGUUCUGAUCAUGAACAGGAUAUCUUUUUUCGUAAUGUACAUAU